AUGAACCUCAGGCAUAAAUCACGAGUUACAACUCGAGGUUUUACGAGAGCCACGCGUCUAAUGGAAUCCAACGCCGACAAGCAUCCUUGUGACCUGGACGAUGACAAGGUGGACCUCUCUUGUGGGGUCUGGAAGUUCAGAACCAAUGUCUUGGGCACCAAGUUCGCCAACCUGUACACCUUUACGGUGCUGGUGGGGAUCUCCAUGUUGUUUACUCAGAUGGUUCAGUCCGUUAUCCAUCUGACAUCUAUAGAAAGGCAGUUCAAGAUCGACAACGCCAGGGCGGGACUGUUUGACACUGCCUCCAAGGCUGGACAUCUGACCACUAUUUUGUUAGCUGGACACUUUGCCAAGAGAGUCCACAUCCCUGUAGUUAUCGGACUGGCGGGCAUGUUCCAGGGAACCAUCCUGAUGAUUCCAGCCUUCAUGCAGAUAGCCAAUCCUUACACACUGCCACUGUUAACGGGUUCUGACUCGGCAAACGGCUCAGGGAAGAAUUCGCACGGAGACAACGAGCAGUACUUCUGUCGCAAUAACGACACGUUCUACAACGAGACUUACAACCAGAUGGCGUUUAUAGUCAUCCUUUUAGUCCAGGGCGCUAAAGGAGUCACCGACGCCUUCCACUCGGGCUUCUUGCCUACACUGUAUGUUGAUGACAACAUGCUGGACAAGUCCAAAAUGGGAAUUUUCUUUGGGAUCAAGUACAUAAUAGGUGAGCUAGCCUCCCCUGUCGGCAAGCAACUGAACGCAAUCUUAACUGAGGUCCCUACUGAUCUUAAAAAAACCGAGAUGGACCCGAAAGAUCAACGGUUUGUGGCCGCCUGGUGGCUGGCGUUUCUCCUCUUUGGGGCGGCGACUGCGUUCUUCUCCUUCCCCAUCAUCUUGUUUCCGAGAUACCUGGUGUCCAGGAGACAACAGGAGGCUGCGUUGCAGCGAGCCAUGGUCAGCUUCACACCUGAUGAUGAUGAGAAGAAAACGAUAACAGAGAAGAUUAAAGUUAACUUUACACCCAGGUCCAGCCUGUUUCCGCCAAUCAAUGGUCUCUCUGAGAGGAAGGUCAGCAUAGAUGGCAGCAUGGCCUUUAACCAGCCGAUCAAAAUCAAACCGCGCCCUAAUGGAGGAGCAACUUCCCAGACCAGCGCAACAGAGCUCAUCAAAGAUUUCCCCAAGGCGCUGGUGCGAGUGUUCAAAAGGCCAGUCUUUCUCCUAAUGCUGGUCGACAUCGCCAUUGUGUCCAUCCCUACACAAGGCAUCUCUGUCUUCAGAAGCAUCUACAUGUCCAGCGAGUAUAACGUCUCGAUGACCGAAGUAGCCACGUUGACCGGAGUUACCGGUGCUGUCAGCCACGUGAUAGCCACCCUGUCUAGUGGUUGGCUGGCCAGCAGGGUCAAGAGCAAAGUCGGAUACAUGUGGAUCAUCUUUGUCACCUAUCUGGCCGCCAUCUGCAUUACACCCAUGUGGAUUAUUCUCGGCUGUGAUAACCAGCCGGUGUAUGGACACGAGGGCAGAUUCGGUAUCCCAGCCAACAUGACAGAAGCCUGUGGCUGCGACGCUGUCAAACAACUCAUCUCCUGUGGGUCGGACGGUAGAAACUACUUGACUCCUUGCCAUGCUGGAUGCGAGAGUUCUAUAGGCAAAACUUUCGUAAACUGUACCGGCAUCGCAGAUGCAGCGAUGACGUUGGUUCCUGGUCUUUGUCCCACCCCGUGUAAGAGGAACUUCUAUCUCUAUGUAGCACUGCAUGCCAUACAAGGAAUGAUCAGUGGCAUGGCAAAUAUUCCAAGGAGGCUGCUCUUACUGAGGAUUGUUGAUCCCAGAGAUCGGGCGUUCGCUACAAGUUUAUUCGCUUUUUUUGGCACAAUCC